AUGGAAGAAAAUAAACCGGAAACUUCAAUGCCACUAGUUCCCAUAGAGAGCUUCUCUUACAGUUGGUUAGUUAACUUUCCUCCAUUAGAAGUUUCCAUUGAUGAUUAUCAUCAAACCUACGAAGAUUCUUGUUCUUCCUCCUUCAUAGAGAUGGAUCCAAGAUUGCCUCCUUCUAAAAGAUUCUUCAUCAACAAAGCCCAUGAAAGUAGCUUCAAGUUCGAUAACAUUGUCUCUUUUUCCGACGAAGAUCACUCCUUAGUUCACGCGGACGAGCUUAUCCGCGACGGCUACGUCGUGCCUUACGUAUCAAUAGCCACGUUAGCAGCUACCGAGGAAGAAUAUGAGCCGUUGGAUACGAAAACAGAGAAGAAGGUGGAGACACGUGACAUUAAGAGCAAGUCAUGGAGACUAUCGAAAUGGGUUAUGUUGAAGUAUCUUGAUUUCUUGACGCCAUUGUGUAAAAGAUUAAGGAGAUGUAGAUCCUCUAGAUCACCAGGAGGUAUUGGAAGUGACAAGAGGAUCCGCAUAACGACGUUGUCUAGAAGCAGAGUUUAUUCUGAUGAAACGACGUCUUCGCCAAGAAUUGCAGAUGAUUAUUAUUGGAGAAGGUCUUGUGAUUCAGAGAACUCCAUUUACGAAGCCGUUCUUCAUUGCAAGAAAUCUUUCGGUGUGUUAUAG